GCCCGGCGCGCGCUGCAGGUGGCAACUUGGAGGUGCCACCGCCGCCGCCGCGAGAGGGCCCGGGUCUGGCGGCCCCUUCCGGCCUCCGAGAGCCCUUUCCCGCCACCGAGCCGGAGAUCGAACGCGGGAGAAUCCGUAGGAAAAAGCCGCUGCGCAGGGACCCCUGAGCAGCCCUACCUCUCUGCCCUUCUCUACUUUUUUUCUUCGAGGAAGGUUGUGCCGGGGAGCGGCGAACAGGCUCCGGGAGGGGCCGGAGAGGGACACUCCCGGUGACACAGAACAAUCGACCAUGACCACCGAAUCGGGAUCAGACUCGGAAUCCAAGCCGGAGCAGGAGGCCGAGCCCCAGGAGGCAGCGGGGCGCGAGGGGGCGCAGCCGGGGGCGCAGCCGGGCCCCGAGCCGGCCGCCGAGGAGCAGCCCCAGGCGCCGGAGCAGUUCGAGGAGGCGGCCGCGCACAGCACGCCGGUGAGAAAGGAGGUUACUGACAAGGACCAGGAGUUUGCUGCCGGACCUGCCAAGCAGCUCGAAUAUCAGCAAUUUGAAGACGAUAAACUUUCUCAGAAAUCAUCUAGCAGCAAACUAUCUCGGUCUCCAUUGAAGAUUGUCAAAAAGCCUAAAAGCAUGCAGUGCAAAGUGAUACUUCUGGAUGGAUCAGAAUAUACCUGCGAUGUAGAGAAACGCUCCAGAGGCCAAGUACUAUUUGAUAAAGUCUGUGAACAUCUGAAUUUGCUAGAAAAAGACUAUUUUGGGCUUACAUAUCGAGAUGCUGAAAACCAGAAGAACUGGUUGGAUCCGGCUAAGGAAAUUAAAAAACAGAUUCGAAGUGGUGCUUGGCACUUUUCGUUUAAUGUGAAAUUUUACCCACCAGACCCUGCCCAGCUCUCUGAGGAUAUUACCAGGUACUACCUCUGCUUGCAGCUGCGCGACGACAUCGUGUCCGGCAGACUGCCCUGCUCCUUUGUCACGCUGGCCCUGCUGGGCUCCUACACCGUCCAGUCGGAACUGGGCGACUACGACCCGGACGAGUGUGGCAGUGACUACAUCAGUGAGUUCCGCUUCGCCCCAAACCACACGAAAGAACUGGAAGACAAGGUCAUCGAGCUGCACAAGAGCCACAGAGGAAUGACGCCAGCAGAAGCAGAGAUGCAUUUUUUGGAAAACGCCAAAAAACUCUCCAUGUAUGGGGUCGAUUUACACCAUGCCAAGGAUUCUGAAGGAGUCGACAUCAUGUUAGGAGUGUGUGCAAGUGGUUUGUUGAUAUAUCGUGACCGACUUCGCAUCAACAGAUUUGCCUGGCCAAAGGUUCUAAAAAUUUCAUACAAACGGAACAACUUUUACAUUAAGAUCCGGCCAGGAGAGUUUGAACAAUUUGAAAGCACCAUCGGGUUUAAGCUGCCAAACCAUCGAGCUGCCAAGCGUUUAUGGAAAGUGUGUGUAGAACACCAUACAUUUUUCAGACUGCUGUUACCAGAAGCGCCUCCAAAGAAGUUCCUCACCUUGGGUUCCAAGUUCCGUUACAGUGGCAGGACACAGGCCCAGACCAGAAGAGCCAGCGCGCUGAUAGAUCGUCCAGCCCCGUACUUCGAACGCUCGUCCAGCAAACGUUAUACCAUGUCUCGCAGCUUGGAUGGAGCGUCAGUGAAUGAAAACCAUGAAAUAUACAUGAAGGAUUCUGUGUCCGCUGCAGAGGUUGGUACUGGCCAGUACAUCACCACAAAGGGCAUGUCUCAGACCAACUUGAUCACCACUGUGACUCCGGAGAAAAAGGCCGAAGAGGAGCGGGACGAGGAGGAGGAGAGACGGAAAAAAGCAGAGGAAGCCACGCCGGUCGCUGCCAUCCGGCAUGAGGGAAAGACGGACAGUGAGCGCACAGACACGGCAGCCGACGGGGAAACCACUGCCACUGAGGAGCUAGAUAAAACCCAAGACGACCUGAUGAAACAUCAGACCAAUAUUAGUGAGCUGAAAAGAACCUUUUUAGAAACCUCCACAGACACUGCCAUCACGAACGAGUGGGAAAAGAGGCUUUCCACCUCCCCCGUGCGACUAGCCGCCCGGCAGGAGGACGCGCCCAUGAUCGAGCCGCUGGUACCCGAAGAGACCAAACAGACUUCUGGCGAAAAGCUCAUGGACGGCUCAGAAAUCCUCAGCUUAUUAGAGUCCGCGAGAAAACCGACAGAGUUCAUAGGCGCGGUCACUUCCACUUCUCAAAGCUGGGUGCAGAAAACAGAAGCCAAGACGGAGUCCAGUGAUAUAGAGACGGAAACAGCCCAGCAACCCCAGCCACCUAGUGUGGAGAAGGUUGUGCAGGAAACGGUGUUGGUGGAGGAGAGACAUGUGAUGAAUGUGCAUGCGAGCGGGGAUGCUAGUUACGCAGCUGGAGAUGACGCGGACACUGCAACCCAGGCAGCACCUGCUGAUGCUUCUGGUGCAAAAGGGAAGAAGGGCUCAGCUCUUACUGAGGGGGCAAAGCAGGAGAAAGGGGAGGUGGCCGAUAAAGUUGUUGUGGAGCAGGACGAAACAGCCACUGCUUCCUGUGAGCCAGAGGAGGAGCAGAGUGCAGCCGUCCACGUUUCAGAAACUUUGGAACAAAAACCUCAUUUUGAGUCUUCAACUGUGAAGACAGAAACCAUCAGCUUUGGCAGCGUUUCACCAGGAGAAGUAAAGCUAGAAAUUUCUACCAAGGAAGUACCGGUAGUUCACACAGAAACAAAAACCAUAACGUAUGAAUCAUCACAGGUCGAUCUUGGUGCUGACUUGGAGCCGGGUGUGCUCAUGAGUGCGCAGACCAUCACAUCUGAAACCACCAGCACCACAACCACCACCCACAUCACCAAAACUGUGAAAGGAGGCAUUUCAGAGACGAGGAUUGAGAAGCGAAUCGUCAUCACUGGAGACGCGGACAUUGACCAUGACCAGGCGCUGGCUCAGGCAAUUAAAGAGGCCAAAGAGCAGCAUCCUGACAUGUCAGUGACCAAAGUAGUGGUCCAUAAAGAGACAGAGAUCAGCCCGGAGGAUGGAGAAGACUGAGCCCAGGAAUAACCUAGGCUGCACACGAAGCCAGUCAUGCAAACCAUUAGGAAAAACCAGAGUCUAUAUGGCGUUCCCUCUUCUAACCCACUGACUUGUAUCUGCCCGUGGACAGUUUCAAUCCAGAAGAAGUGACUUUGAGCAUUUAAUAAAGACACUGGCAGAGAGAUCUUCCCAUAAUAAAGCAAUCUGAAUCAGCACCACUAAACCGAUAUUGCAUGAAGCAACGAUACAAUUACAAAAAGAGCAGCAUUUUUACUUUUCACACCGUGUCUGUUUUCAGCUCCACCUGCACGUUCAUAACCAACAAUAGAAACCGUGAUCUCAUGUAACACAUAAAACAGUCCAUGCCUUUCAUAGCUGAUGAUGAUUAAAGUCUAAACAAAAUUGCAAUUUCUUAGGUGACAAAUCUUUUGUUUACAAAUCAACGAAGAUCACCCUAAACUGCUAGAAGCUGUCUAGGUCCACUCUGUCAGGUUUUCCCCAAUUAGAUGUGCCAAUAACCGAGUUUAUUCAGUAAACAACUUGAAUCUUGUUAUUUGUUUCCUCUGGUUUAUUACUCUCACCCAUCAACGGUAAUGACUCUCCGGAAAUAUUUAAUGCUCACAAUCCUGCUUUGUGUAAUCUAAUUUAAUUCGUUAUAAGGUAGUACUGAUUUUAGCAUAUUAAUGUGAUUUCUUCUGUGUCGUCCGCUUUGGUCCAUGUUCAAUCUGGAAAGCUUCCCAGGGUACCCUGACGAGUCCUAAAUAUGUAAAAUGUCAUUAUUUUGGAAAGAAAACCUGUAUUUUUCUUAGUUUACCAUAAUGAUGAAACUUCACUCCAGGAAAACUCGUUGGGCUUCAGUUGCUUUUGUUUUCUUUCUUCAUUUCUCCUUCCUUGUAUUUUUUUUUAAUUAAUUUUUCUUUUUUUACUUGAAAAAAGUGUUUUAUUUCCAAAUCUGGUCCAUAUUUACAAUCUAGUUCAGAGCCAAGCCUUAAACUGUACAGAAUUUCCACUGUAAUUAAACUAUUUAGCAUUGAGUUAUAAAUAGCCUUCAAGAAGAUAUAUUCUCCAUUUCACUGUCAACUGCAUCGCACAGCCCCUAGUGAAUGUAUGUUUCCGCAUAGCAAAAUAAAAAUGGUCAAUGCAUUUAAA